CUCUUUUCAAGACAUGUUUAAUCAUAUGUGAUUGCUCUCUAACUAGAACUGUGAAACGAUUCCUACGCGUGAUACUGAAGAUUAUGUGAGGGGUUGACAACGAUCUUUGCCUUUGCCUCCCAGCGUGCCUUUGAUUUAGGAGUUUAGAAAAGGAUUCUGCCAACUAUAUCAACCAAGUCAGAGUUGUGCAUCUAUACUCGACAUGGUUGGAACUGACCCCAACGUGAGAGCAAAGUGGUGGGAAAGGAAACGCGUGGGCCACACGUGGAAAAACCCUAAGUUAGUGCCAAAUAUUGCAGAAUAUAUCCAGUCAGCAUCGCAUGACACGUCAAACUUUGUCCGUCGCGGAAGUCGAAACAGGAAGCGACCUACGCGCCUUGGCGAUGGCUCUGAUGGUGUUCGUCCAGACUCUGAGACAGUGAUGAGUCUGGAUUCAUCUCUGGAGCAAAAUCACGUUGUGUCAUGCACUGAUGAUUCAUCCAUGAACUCAAGUGAAACUGCAAACGUGGCCGUCGCUGAGCCAAGCAAUGCCAAUGGUGGAGGAAAGGUUAAACGUCGCAAACGCGCAAAGAUUGACGUUACCUUUGAAAAAAGUGACUCCGCCAAUGAUCUAUCGUCACCUGCCGAGUUGCAAGCCACUAUCGAUGAAGAAAUUCCUUCAGAUUCACCAAUUGACUCUGUUGCGCAUGAGGAUGCCUCAACCGGUACUGUCGAUGUAGCUUCCAAACAAGAGGGAAAACCGGAGCCACAUGGGAUGCCAGAAGUAUGGGCAGAGGGCCGACAAGCUCUUUGUGAGAGUGUCCCGUACUAUCGGUCAUAUCAAAGCGGGGCCUAUGUUCAUGAUGACAUUGCCUAUGGCGUUCUUCUUGAUAAACAAUGUGGACGGAGAGACUACAUGGAUGACGAGAUCGUUAUUGCUCGAGCCGGUGGAUGUCUCAGAAAAAAUAAGGAAGGUGAUAUGGAAGCAACUGAUGACCAUCGAAUCGACAAUGCGGCAAUCAGGAGCUUUAUUAGUAACCAACGUCGUCACGUUCCGGUUGUGCUUAUUGUGGGUUCAUUGAAUCCAAAUUGUCCCACGAAACUACCCCACAGAUACUGUGUCCUCGGUCACUUUCAAGUGACGGGAGUGUGGUGCGAAAAGAUUCAAAAGAGGAAAUGUUACAAGUUUCGCUUUGAAAAGAUUGACCUCGCAUCCAAAAGCUGGUGGUCUCCGAAAAGCUCAGCCAAUCCACCGCUUCACCGCGAGUACGGCCCAAUCGCUCCACGUCGGACUUGCCAGAGUUGCCAAGCGGUCUAUUCGCAGAUGUAUCAGCAGGGAUGGAUGUGCCUCAACGAUACAUGCCAGGCCUUCUUUAAGAUUGACGGUACUGAGCCCGAAGGGAAUUUGGCGUAUACAGAGGCAUUCCUGAACGAAAGAACAGAAUGGCCCAAGCAGAUCAAACCUCCUUACGAGCUGCAAACUUCGGUGCUGUCUGAAGAUGAUAAUGAUCCGAUGGUGUCCUAUUCCCGGCAUGCUUGGAAGGGGUUUGUUUGUCCCAGAUGCGGCCGGUGCAAUUCUCGCAUACGCUGGCAUGAAUGGAAGUGUGCCACCAGUGACUGUGGGUUUGUUCAGCACGUAAGACAUACCGUCAUUUCACCAAAGAUGGCUGCAACACCAUUCGAUAUACCAUACAACGGUCAGCCUCCUACUCAGGUAGUCAAAGAGGAUUGGGUCACGGAAAAAUUUACGUUCCUGGACAAUUAUCGCGUACAAAUUUACACCCUGCCUGGCGGAAGUACGAUUACAAACUUCCUGGCAAACACUUACGUCAACAUUCAAGCGGGUGGCCCAGACGAAAUGUUUGAAAAGCUUCAGUCGGUAGAGAUGGGAUUGAGAAGAUUUCCACUUGCAAGUCAUGGAUUGACCGGAGAAGCAGUCACUCAGCACUUUUCUGUGAAUUUCGGCAUGGAUUAUAAAUAUGUCGUUGACGUUGAUUCCAAAAGCUUCCAAGAGGCUCCACAGUUGAUUACCGAUGCGGUGAACAGACUCACCUGGGCAGGCGCAUAUGUCGUGAACGAUGAAUCUUUUAUGAAUUUCAAUGAGCUGCUUGCCAUUGGAUACUUUGAAGGGCAGAAGAUCAGCUAUCAUGAUGAUGGAGAGUCCACACUUGGACCAACUAUAGCGACACUUUCACUUGGUGGAUCUGCCGUAAUGAGAAUCCGGAUGAAGGGUGUCUAUUAUCAUCUCCCGCCUCGACCGAAGUACAACCCUUCUGCGCCUGUGCUACGUGGUGCUAAAGCGUACGAAGAGCGCGUUGCUCUAAACCUCGAACAUGGCACAAUUGAAGAGGAAGAGUGGAACAAAAAGGUGGACGAGAUGUAUGAAUGCCAUCAGAAAUCCAGGGCCACAAAUCCACCAAAUCUCCUAACUAUGACACUCCGGCAUGGAGACAUUGUGGUCAUGCAUGGUGCAGAGUUGCAAAAGUAUUUCGAGCACUCUGUCAUUCCCGAGGGCCGCCUUCGUUUCGCUCUGACGUGCCGCCAUGUCAAGCCUGAGCUCAUCGCUGAGGACCGCCGCUGGAAAGGCGAAUUUGUCCGACAGCCGUACAAUGGGGAUGAGGGAGAUCCUCCUAUUGAGAAUUAAAUUUGUCUACAGCUCGCAAUUUCCUGGAUAUGCUGCCAAAUCUGCACGUUUUCAAACUUACUGCUAGCAAUUUUCGGUUUCAUUUUCUCCGGCGUGGCCCUAUCGCUGAUUUUCUCCUUUGCUUUCUCGAUCUCUUUCGCCAUACGUUCGCAAUUUCUUUCUCUAGUAGUAAGCGAUGAGCUUCUACUGGUCGAAUCUCCUUUUUUUUUGAUAGUUUUUUCUUCUUUUAUUUCGUCAAGUUAUUUCCUUCAAAUCGACGUUCCGUUCUGAUAUAUUUUCUCAAGCGGUUCUUGUCUUUCUUCUGCUAGCUUCGCACCGGCGCACUCCUAUUUUCUCUCUUUUUUCCUUUUCAUGACACUUUCGAGC